AUGGGGUUCAGUGAGGCGCAGGAGGAGCUGGUCCUGCGCUCAUGGAAGGCCAUGAAGCCGGACUCCGAAUCCAUCGCUCUCAAGUUCUUCCUCAGGAUCUUCGAGAUCGCGCCGGCGGCGAAGCCGAUGUUCCCGUUCCUGCGCGACGCCGGCGAGGACGCGCCCCUCGAGAGCCAGCCGAAGCUCAAGGCGCACGCCGUGACCGUCUUCGUCAUGGCCUGCGAGUCGGCCACGCAGCUGCGCAAGACCGGCGACGUCAAGGUGAGGGAGGCCACGCUCCGGCGUCUCGGCGCCACCCACGUCAGGGCCGGCGUCGCCGACGCGCACUUCGAGGUGGUGAAGACGGCGCUGCUGGACACCAUCGAGGGCGCCGUCCCCGAGAUGUGGACGCCGGAGAUGAAGGCGGCUUGGGAGGAGGCCUACGACCAGCUCGCCGCCGCCAUCAAGGAGGAGAUGAAGUUCGCUGCGGCGGCUUGA